CCUACAGUCUGUGAAUUGAGCCGGGGGUGUGGAGCAGCCAAGAUGGAGCCGGUAGCCGGGGGCACCGGCCCGCUGAUCAUGAACAACAAACAGCCCCAGCCACCACCACCUCCUCCACCGGCAGCUGCACAGCCUCCUCCCGGAGCCCCGCGAGCCGGCGGAGGCCUCCUGCCCGGGGGCAAAGCCCGGGAGUUCAACCGCAACCAGCGUAAAGACUCGGAGGGCUACUCCGAGUCUCCAGAUCUCGAGUUUGAAUAUGCUGACACAGACAAGUGGGCUGCAGAGCUCUCGGAGCUUUACAGCUACACCGAGGGGCCAGAAUUCCUGAUGAAUCGGAAAUGCUUUGAGGAAGACUUCCGGAUCCAUGUAACGGACAAGAAAUGGACGGAGCUGGACACCAGCCAGCACCGUACACAUGCCAUGAGGCUACUGGAUGGCUUGGAAGUCACCGCCAGGGAGAAGAGGCUCAAGGUGGCUCGAGCGAUCCUCUACGUUGCCCAAGGCACCUUCGGGGAGUGUGGCUCAGAGGCAGAGGUGCAGUCCUGGAUGCGCUACAACAUCUUUCUGCUCCUGGAGGUGGGCACGUUCAAUGCAUUAGUGGAGCUUCUGAAUAUGGAGAUAGACAACAGUGCGGCCUGCAGCAGUGCGGUGAGGAAGCCGGCCAUCUCCCUGGCUGACAGCACAGACCUGAGGGUACUGCUCAACAUCAUGUACCUGAUUGUGGAGACCGUUCACCAAGAGUGUGAGGGUGACAAGGCCGAGUGGAGGACCAUGCGACAGACCUUCAGGGCCGAGCUGGGUUCCCCUCUGUACAAUAACGAACCAUUUGCCAUCAUGCUGUUUGGGAUGGUGACCAAAUUUUGCAGCGGCCACGCCCCUCACUUCCCCAUGAAGAAAGUACUCUUACUUCUCUGGAAGACAGUGUUGUGCACGCUGGGUGGCUUUGAGGAGCUGCAGAGCAUGAAGGCUGAGAAGCGCUCCAUCCUGGGCCUCCCCCCGCUGCCCGAGGAUAGCAUCAAGGUGAUCCGCAACAUGAGGGCUGCCUCCCCGCCAGCGUCUGCCUCAGAUCUGCUUGAGCAGCAGCAGAAGCGGGGCCGUCGGGAGCACAAGGCACUGAUAAAACAGGACAACUUGGAUGCCUUCAACGAGCGGGAUCCGUACAAGGCUGACGACUCUCGAGAAGAGGAGGAGGAGAAUGAUGAUGACAACAGCCUGGAGGGGGAGACGUUCCCCCUUGAGCGGGACGAAGUGAUGCCUCCCCCGCUGCAGCACCCUCAGAGCGACAGGCUCACCUGCCCCAAGGGGCUUCCGUGGGCACCCAAGGUCAGAGAGAAAGACAUUGAAAUGUUCCUCGAGUCCAGCCGUAGCAAGUUUAUAGGUUACACUCUAGGCAGUGACACGAACACAGUGGUGGGGCUGCCCAGGCCAAUCCACGAAAGCAUCAAGACUCUGAAACAGCACAAGUACACGUCGAUUGCAGAGGUACAGGCGCAGAUGGAGGAGGAGUACCUUCGCUCUCCUCUCUCAGGGUGUUCCAAGGGAGAAGAGGAUGUGGAGCAGGUUCCCGCGGAGACCCUGUACCAAGGCUUGCUUCCCAGCCUGCCUCAGUACAUGAUCGCGCUGCUGAAGAUCCUGCUGGCCGCCGCCCCCACCUCGAAGGCCAAAACUGACUCAAUCAACAUCUUGGCAGAUGUGCUGCCUGAGGAGAUGCCCACCACAGUGUUGCAGAGCAUGAAGCUGGGGGUGGAUGUGAACCGCCACAAAGAGGUCAUUGUUAAGGCCAUUUCUGCUGUCCUGCUGUUGCUGCUCAAGCAUUUUAAGUUGAACCACGUCUACCAGUUUGAAUACAUGGCCCAGCACCUGGUGUUUGCCAAUUGCAUCCCUUUGAUCCUCAAGUUCUUCAAUCAAAACAUCAUGUCCUACAUCACUGCCAAGAACAGCAUCUCUGUCCUGGAUUACCCCCAUUGCGUGGUGCAUGAGCUGCCGGAGCUGACAGCUGAGAGUCUGGAAGCAGGUGACAAUAACCAGUUUUGCUGGAGGAACCUCUUUUCUUGCAUCAAUCUGCUUCGGAUCCUGAACAAGCUGACAAAAUGGAAGCAUUCAAGGACGAUGAUGCUAGUGGUGUUCAAGUCGGCCCCCAUCUUGAAGCGGGCCCUGAAGGUGAAACAGGCCAUGAUGCAGCUCUAUGUGCUGAAGCUGCUCAAGGUGCAGACCAAGUAUCUGGGACGGCAGUGGCGGAAGAGCAACAUGAAGACCAUGUCCGCCAUCUACCAGAAGGUGCGGCACCGGCUCAACGACGACUGGGCCUACGGCAACGAUCUUGAUGCCCGGCCCUGGGACUUCCAGGCAGAGGAGUGUGCCCUUCGUGCCAAUAUUGAACGCUUCAACGCCCGGCGGUACGACCGAGCCCACAGCAACCCGGACUUCCUGCCUGUGGACAACUGUCUGCAGAGUGUCCUGGGCCAGCGGGUGGACCUCCCUGAGGACUUUCAGAUGAACUACGACCUCUGGUUAGAAAGGGAGGUCUUCUCCAAGCCCAUCUCCUGGGAGGAGCUGCUGCAGUGAGGCUCCUGGGCAGGGGACUGACUGAAAAGGAAAGUCAGGUGAUCUGGAAGUGCCCCUGGGGCUGUCCCAAUUCAUUGCUGCAGUGCUCCCACCUCUCUCCAGGUGGCAGCACAGCCCCACUGCACCCUCCCGGGGCCCGCAGGGCUUGUGGGUGAGUUCAGAUUUGGCCCUUCGUUCAUUCCUAGCGUCCUGCUCAGAGCCGGCAGCUCUCUGCGUGGGACCCUCUCUUCCUUCACUCCUCCCCACCCUCUUCUCUUGGACAUGGUUGGUUGCCGCUCAUUUCUCAGUUCAGCCCAGGCGCAGGAUUAGCCAAGGUGGGCUGGGAAGCCAUUGCGUCUGAAUGGCAGGGAUCACACUGAGACUCUUCUGAGGCACACAGUCCUUGGUGUGUUAGCUGGCCAAGGAGGAGGGCUUAGGAUUAGGGCCAGGGCCAGGAAGUCGGACGCUUGAUUUUGCUUUGGGGGUUUCUGGUGUCAUUCUAGCCUCCUGCUAAGUUUCUUCCAGAGGCAAUUGCAGAAGCUCCUACUGCUGCCUCAGUACUUUGAUUUUGGACAGGGUUGGGGGGAAGAGAGGCUGCCCUUAACCAGAGGUGCCACUUUUCCUCUUGGUCUGCAAGGGUCUGUAAAUACCUAUAUAUAAAUCUCUGUAUUCUCUUGUGUCACGUGGGGGUUUUUAACGUGUUUGUGUAUUUGGUUUACAUUAAAAGGAAGCAAAAACGACCCCCAUUGCCUUGUCUGCAGGAAGUACGGUCCCUGAGUAUCUGUAAGUGUAGAAAGUGGGUUUUCCCGCCAACACUGAUAGUUUGCCCACUUGUUCCCUGCCAGGCUGCCUGCCUUCCCCACCUGAGGGGGAGAUGCUGGAGAAGUUGGCAUUUAUCCAGAGUGUUUUCUCCCACAUCAGUCUGGGAUCACUCCAGCCCAGCUCCAGGACUCUGGGCUGCCGGGGUGAGAAGUUGUCCUGUACCCCUGUGCUCGAUAUCAUUGCAGUGGGAGCCCCAGGCGUCUCCGGGUCACUCUCCUGAGGGGGCCUCGGCCGAACCAAUUUCAAUGCCAGGGAGGGGCAGGGGCUAGGUCAGAGAGCGCGUCAGCCGCUCUGGGCCCUGGCAAGGGUAGGUGGGGUUGGGACUGAGAGGAGACUUCUCUGCCCAGAGCCUGGGGAAGCAGACCAUCCGGAGUCAGCCUCACAGUGGGAAGGAGGGUGUCAGAGGACCCAGGAACCCGCCUCGCUGGGGAAGAGGUGAGGAAAAUCCGUCCAGGAGGUGUUGCCAUGCAGACUCCUGGAGCCGCCACCUGACCUUCCCAUCCCUGGACACGUGCUUCCCCCUGGUUCCAUCGUGAGACCUUGUUUCUGAUGCUUGUGAAAGUGCUGUUCCCUUUCCAGAGUUACUUAAGGGCCCUUAUCUUAUCUUUAGGCCGUGUGUAUGCGAUCCUAGGUCUCUCGACUUACCUAGGAAGUGUACCCCAGGGACAAUCUCUCUCCUGUUGUUUCUUCUGUGCAGUGCCUGCGCCUGGGUUUUGACAGAGCCUCAGUGCAGGCCCCCAAGCUGGGCUUCCAAAGUAAGCCUCAAUGUGCCCCCAUGGUUAGGGGCCGCACAGGGGAAGUGAGCACUUUUCCUGAGAGUCACACAGCCUCUGAGAUAGGAAGUCCUUGUGACUGAGUGAUGUUUUGCCCCCGAGCAACUUGCUAAGGACAAUGGAAUUUGACCCAGUUCAUGUGUGCCUGAUGGAUUUUCUGCUGUUUCUUGCCAGGACCAACAGGAAGUAUGCAUCUUGAGAUUUUAGUUUGGGUCAGGUAGAUAUCCCAGUCAUACUUCACCAGGCGGCCUGGCUCACUGAGCCAGCUUGUCUGAGGGCUUUGUUUCCUCCCCCUCUUUUGAUUUCCCCAAUCUCCUCUGAAGUUUCCCUUAAUCAGAGGUGCCAUUUUUCCCUCUUGGGUUGCAAAGGUCUGUACAUAUCUAUAUAUAAAUCUGUGCAAAAAGAACACAGAAUGAUCAAAGCUGUAACGGCCAUAAAGCCCGGCUAAGCUGGUGAAUCCAUACGUCUGCAGGCCCAGGGGCUGGCCUAGGAGAGCGAGAGCCUUAUCGCAGCCACAGAGGGUGCCGGUGCCAGGCCGGCUGUUCAGAUUUAAGCUCUUGUACAGAAAUGUCUUUUGGAGCAAGUGGCCACCCACAGCGUCUGGCUUUCUCUGGGUUCUGAGACAGGCAGGGUCCACGAAGAUCCUUUGUAAGUGCUUGAGUUACAUAAAAUGUUGACUGUU